AGAACUUAAAGAUGUGCAAUGUGCAGGACUCAAGCUUUCCAGAUUUUUUUUAACGCUGGCCCGGGUUGCAGCGGUGACUGUAAAUCCUUUGGUCUAUACGAUGCCCCGGUCUGUCCAUAUACCAGACUAAGAUGACUCAGGCAGUGGUGGUGGUGCCCAUUCCCAAGAUGGAAUGCAGGCAGUAGAAUUCAGGCAGGCGAACAGAGUGCUUAGUGUACACAAUAUCCUCAUCUGUGACGUCACUUGACACUAUGUCAAGGUGGGUGGGGGGUAACACCCCCCGGGGUAGUUUGCCUAGUACACCAAGGACUGCGAGGAAGGAAAUUACAGAAAUUAGUCCAGAGGGUGAGGAGGUAGUACAGGUGGUUGACGAAGCCAUGGCGAACGCUGAACGAGAGCUUGCAGAGGACGCAGAGUGGAAGCGGAUUCAGCAGAACACAUUCACAAGAUGGGUGAAUGAACACCUCCGACAAGCUGGAACAGGUUUAGAAAAACUUGAAACAGAUUUUAGUGAUGGGUUGAAGCUCAUAGCCCUUCUCGAGGUGCUGAGUGGUAAGAAGAUGCCAAGACACAAUAAAAAACCAGUUUUCAGAUCCCAGAAGCUAGAGAAUGUGAGCAUAGCGUUGAAAUUUCUUGAAAACGAAGGAGUACAUCUUGUCAAUAUUGAUUCAACAGAUAUAACAGAUUGCAAACUGAAACUUAUUCUUGGGUUAAUAUGGACUCUGAUUCUACAUUACUCUAUCACAAUGCCUAUGUAUGACGGACCUGAGUUGGGAGGAGCACAGGAAGAAAAAACUCCUAAACAAAGAUUAAUGGGCUGGCUUCAGAACAAACUACCAAAUGUUCCAAUUAACAACUUCAACAGUGACUGGAACGAUGGGAGAAAGGUUGGAGCUCUAGUUGACUCUGUAGCUCCUGGACUGUGUCCUGACUGGGAGGAUUGGGAUCCUAAUGAACCCGUCAGGAAUGCCCGCGAAGCAAUGGAUAUGGCUGAUAACUGGCUUGGAGUUCCUAAACUCCUGACUCCAGAAGAGAUUGUUAAUCCUAAUGUUGAUGAUAUGAGUAUGAUGACUUACUUGUCACAGUUCCCUAAUGCCAAGAUGAAAGAGGGAGCCCCUCUGCGUGCUAAGGCAGUGCCAGGUAAGGUUCGGGCCUACGGACCAGGCCUUGAACCUACCGGUGUUGUCGCCAAGGCACCCGCCAACUUUACCGUCGAAACUUUCGGCGCGGGCGAUGGAGAACUGUCAAUUACCGUUAACGGACCCAACGGUGUUGACUACAAGGUGGACAAGGUGGCGGAUAGAAAGAAGAACAGAUUAUUCGCCUGCUCAUACUAUCCAGACAAGGAGGGCGAAUAUGUUGUUACAAUCAAUUUCCAAGGGCGAGCUGUUCCCAAUUCGCCGUGGAAAGUUUUAGUUGAGGGAUUCGCCGGUGAUGCCAACAAGGUUUCCGCCGCAGGACCUGGAUUAGAAGCUGACGGCGUAGUGGCGAAUAAGCCGACUUAUUUUGAUAUAUUUACCGCCGGUGCCGGUAAAGGAACGGCGGAUGUUGUUGUAUUGGAUCCCGCCGGGCGGAAGGAUACUGUUCCCGCCAAAAUAACUCCUGGAGAAAAUGAUACUUUUAGAUGUGAUUAUGUGCCAACCCAGCUUGGUGUACAUUCUGUAAAUGUAUUCUUUGCCGGAAACCCAAUCCCCGAUUCACCUUUCGGGGUCAGGGUCGGCCCAGCUAGUAACCCCAGCAAGGUGACCGCUAGUGGUCGGGGUCUUCAACCUCAAGGUAUCCGAGCUUUGGAGACAGUAGAUUUUAAGGUAUACACUGAUGGUGCUGGGGAUGGAGUAGCUGCUGUGAAGAUAAUUGGCCCUGGAGGUGUUAUAAUACCAACAACAAGCAGGAACAUUGAUCCGACAACUAUUGAAUACAAGUAUACCCCUGAGAGAGAUGGUAAACAUGUUGUUAUGAUUACAUGGGCCGGCAAGGAGAUUCCAAAGUCACCCUACAAGGUUAAUGUAUCUCCUGUUAAAAACAGUAAGAUCAAAGCCUUCGGUCCUGGACUUAAAGGUGGAGUUGUGGAUAUGCCUGCCCUCUUCUCUGUCGAUACCUGUGGUGAAACUGGAGCUCUAGGGUUUAGUAUUGAAGGACCCUCCCAGGCUAAAAUCAACUGUAAGGAUAACGGUGAUGGCUCUGCUGAUGUUGAUUAUGUCCCAACCAUGCCGGGAGAGUAUGCUGUACAUAUCCUGUGUGAUAAUGAGGAUAUCCCUGGUAGCCCGUACAUGGCACAGAUACUUCCUAAAACAGACUACAGCCCAGAUAAGGUUAAGUGUUAUGGGCCAGGAAUAGAAGAGGUUGUUGUUCCUAAACAAGAAACACAUUUUACCAUAGAUACAACUAAGGCAGGAGAUGCUCCUCUUGAUGUUUCCCUUAUGGAUGACUAUGGAGAAAUGAAACCUCUCUGGAAAGAUCAGAAUGGAAUUCAUGAUCCCAAAGACGGUGGAAUUCUAGCCAUAAAGAUAAUUAAGGCCAAAGAGCUGGAGAAAACAGACCUCAUUGGGAAGUCAGAUCCUUAUGUGGUCAUUCGUCACGGGGCUCAAAAAUACACCACACAGGUCAUUAAGAAUAGCCAAGAACCAGAAUGGAACUAUGAGGCUCAAGUAACUAUCCCAGACCAAGGGGAUAUGUACAUAGUCCUGGAGGUAUUUGACAAGGAUAAGAUUGGAAAGCCAACAAGUUUGGGGACAAUCACCUUUGAUGCAAGCAAGGUUGUUGAUGACAAGGAGAUCCUGGCAGACUGGUAUCCCCUUGUUGGAGCUAAGUCAGGACAAGUUUUACUCUCUGCUAAUUUUCUGUCAGCCCAACCCUCUAUCUAUAAAGAACCUGAAGUUUUGCGUAAAACAUCACAUGCAAACCUUGAUGUUAAGCGUGCAAUACUGGAGAAGAAAUCAGAAGGAAUCUAUGAAUGCACAUAUACACCAAGAAAAACCAAGAAGUUGGUAGUAAAUGUCAACUAUGGAGGAGUGGCAGUCCCUGGAAGUCCUUUCCGGGUAUCUGUAGAUGAUCCCACAGAUCCUAGUAAAGUAAAGGUUUACGGGCCGGGUGUAGAACCUGGCGUGAAGACAGGAAAACCAACUGCAUUCACUGUUGAUGCCAAGUCUGCUGGUCCGGGGGAUCUAGAAGUAAAUAUUCUAGAUGAUAAAAGGAUUCCUGUCCCGGUUAAUGUUAAGGAUAAUAAAAAUGGAACCCACACUGUAGACUAUACCCCUGUCAAACCUCUGAUGCAUUUUGUGUCUGUAAAAUACGACGGCAGAGAGUUGCCACAAAGUCCCAUAAAGGUUGAUGUCAAGGCAGAUAUUGAUCUUGGCAAGAUUAAGGUAAAGGAUAUGCACCCAGAAGCAUUUGUGAACUGCACUAACGACUUCACAGUUGAUGCUGGUGCACUUCCGUCCAACUUCUGGAACAAGAUUGGAUGUGGUAUAAACACCCCAGAUGGGUCUAACCUUCCAAACGUAGGUAUAGGGAAACCAAAUGAUAGUGGAGAGGUUAAAGUUAGUUACACUCCAACUAAUGAAGGAAUGCACGAUGUUAACCUGGUGUGCGAUGGGUCACCAAUACCUGGCUCACCUUACAAAGUUAAAGCAGUGGACGGUUGUAACCCUGCUCGUGUUAAGGCCUACGGUCCUGGACUGGAAAAGGGAUAUUUACAUGAAGAAAACGAGUUUACAGUUGAGACAAGAAAUGCCGGGACCGGUGGCCUUGGGGUUCAGAUUGAGGGUCCGGCAGAGGCAAAGAUGACAUGUAAAGAUAACCGUGAUGGAACUUGUACCGUGGAGUAUGUUCCAGAGGAAAAAGGAGAUUAUGAUAUAUUUGUCAAGUUUGACAAUCAAAAUAUACCUCAUUCACCAUUUAAGGUUCCAGUUGUGCCCAGAGAUGGAUCUGGAUAUGGUUCUAAACCAGGACAUGGAGCCAAACCAGGGCAAGGAGUUAACCCUAGUGGUGUCCCAGAUGGAAAGCUUAUACUUACACUCGUUAAGGGGAAAGAGUUGAUAAAAAGUGACUUAAUCGGUAAAUCUGACCCCUACGCCCAAAUCCAAUAUGGAAACCAGAAGUUUAAAACAAAAACAGUUCCAAACUCACAGACCCCAGUUUGGGAUUGUGAAGUAGAACUCCAGGUUCCCGAAUCCAACUUCAACACUGUCUCUAUUAAAGUGUUUGAUGAGGACACAUUGGGGAAAGAUAAAUCUCUAGGGACCCUGGAGGUUGAUUUAGGAGAGCUGUACAGAAAUAGGGAACUAGCAGUUGGAAAAUGGUAUCCUUUAGCAGGUGUCAAGUCCGGUCAAGUUCUGUUAACAGCUGAUUUCGAAGCUGAAGAUGGGAAUAUUGGAUUUAAUCCUGUUAAAGCUGGGUCAGCUGGUAGAAAAGAAUCUGGAAAGCUUGGUUCAGGAGCAGAUGAUGGCCGAAAAAAAACUGGUCACUCUGAUAAUGAAUUCCCUGUUCUACAUGUAGAACUAAUUAAGGGAAGGAACCUAAUCAAGAGUGAUUUUAUUGGAAAAUCAGAUCCUUAUGCAGUUUUGAAGUAUGGCAAUCAGUCAGACAAGACAAAGGUUGUCAGGAAUAAUCUUAAUCCACAGUGGGAUCAUGCAUCAGACUUUGAUAUGGAUCUAGGAGAUAAUGAAAACCUUAUUGUUGAAGUGUUUGAUGCUGAUAAGCUUGGUAAAGAUAAAUCUCUCGGUAAAGUUGAGAUAAAUCCUAGAGAUUUUGACGGAGAAGAAGCAAAAUGGUUUCCUCUAAAAGGAGUCAAAUCAGGAGAAAUAUUAUUAAAUGCAGAUAUUCUUGCUCCUGGACAAUCUCCUUAUGGGUUAGGUGCUGAUGGACAACAAAGACCUGUCGAAGGUUCUGAUGAUGAAAGAGCAGGCAGCAGAAAAUCCUUUGGACUCUCUGAUGUCCAUGGUGGUAUUUCUGGAGGAAGAGGAGGAAAGAAAUCAGGAAAUCUUGGAGGUGUUGGUGAUGAUGGUCCUACUCUUCAUGUAGAACUCAUUAAGGGAAGGAACCUAAUCAAGAGUGAUCUUAUUGGUAAAUCAGAUCCCUAUGCAGUUUUGAAAUAUGGAGAUCAGUCAGACAAGACAAAGGUUGUCAAGAAUAAUCUGAAUCCACAGUGGGAUCAUGCAUCAGACUUUGAUAUGGAUCUAGGAGAUAAUGAAAACCUAAUUGUUGAAGUGUUUGAUGCUGAUAAGCUUGGUAAAGAUAAAUCUCUUGGUAAAGUUGAGAUAAAUCCUAGAGAUUUUGACGGAGAAGAAGCAAAAUGGUUUCCGUUGAAAGGAGUCAAAUCAGGAGAAAUAUUAUUAAAUGCAGAUAUUCUUGCUCCUGGACAAUCUCCUUAUGGGUUGGGUGUUGAUGGACAACAAAAACCUGUUGGAGAUGAUGAAAGAGCAGGAAGCCGGAAAUCCUCUGGACUCUCUGAUGCCCAUGGUGGCAAGCCUGGAGGAAGAGGAGGAAAGAAAUCAAGAAAUCUUGGAGGUGUUGGUGAUGAUGGUCCUAUUCUUCAUGUUGAGCUUAUAAAAGGAAGAAAUCUAAUCAAGAGUGAUUUGAUUGGAAAAUCAGAUCCCUAUGCAGUUUUAAAGUAUGGAGAUCAGGUAGACAAGACAAAGGUUGUCAAGAAUAAUCUUAAUCCACAGUGGGAUCAUGCAUCAGACUUUGAUAUGGAUCUAAGCGAUAAUGACAACUUGAUCAUUGAAGUGUUUGACGCUGAUAAGCUUGGUAAAGAUAAAUCUCUUGGCGUUGUUGAGAUUAAUCCCAGGGAUUUUGAUGGAGAAGAAGCAAAAUGGUUUCCUCUUAAAGGAGUGAAAUCAGGAGAAAUAUUAUUAAAUGCUGAUAUUCUUGCUCCUGGACAAUCUCCUUAUGGGUUAGGUGCUGAUGGACAACGAAGACCUGUCGGAGGUUCUGAUGAUGAAAGAGCAGGCAGCAGAAAAUCCUCUGGACUCUCUGAUGUCCAUGGUGGUAUUCCUGGAGGAAGAGGAGGAAAGAAAUCAGGAAAUCUGGGAGGUGUUGGUGAUGAUGGUCCUACUCUUCAUGUAGAGCUCAUUAAGGGAAGGAACCUAAUCAAGAGUGAUCUUAUUGGUAAAUCAGAUCCUUAUGCAGUUUUGAAGUAUGGAGAUCAGUCAGACAAGACAAAGGUUGUCAAGAAUAAUCUGAAUCCACAGUGGGAUCAUGCAUCAGACUUUGACAUGGAUCUAGGAGAUAAUGAAAACCUAAUUGUUGAAGUGUUUGACGCUGAUAAGAUUGGUAAAGAUAAAUCUCUUGGCGUAGUCGAGAUAAAUCCUAGAGAUUUUUAUGGAGAAGAAGCAAAAUGGUUUCCUUUGAAAGGAGUUAAAUCAGGAGAAAUUUUGUUAAAUGCUGAUAUUCUUGCUCCUGGACAAUCUCCUUUUGGGUUGGCUGCUGAUGGACAACUAAGACCUGUUGGAGGCUCAGACGAUGAAAAAGCAGAAAGCAGGAAAUCUUCUGGACUCUCUGAUGUCCAUAGUGGUAAGCCUGGAGGAAGAGGAGGGAAGAAAUCAGGAAAUCUGGGAGGUGUUGGUGAUGAUGGUCCUUCUCUUCAUGUAGAGCUCAUUAAAGGAAGAAAUUUAAUCAAGAGUGAUCUUAUCGGUAAAUCAGAUCCUUAUGCAGUUUUGAAGUAUGGAGAUCAGUCAGACAAGACAAAGGUUGUCAAGAAUAACCUGAAUCCACAGUGGGAUCAUGAAUCAGACUUUGAUAUGGAUCUAGGAGAUAAUGAAAACUUAAUUGUUGAAGUGUUUGAUGCUGAUAAGCUUGGUAAAGAUAAAUCUCUUGGUAAAGUUGAGAUAAAUCCUAGAGAUUUUGAUGGAAAAGAAGCAAAAUGGUUUCCUUUGAAAGGAGUCAAAUCAGGAGAAAUAUUAUUAAAUGCAGAUAUUCUUGCUCCUGGACAAUCUCCUUAUGGGUUGGGUGCUGAUGUGCAACGAAGACCGGUUGAAGGUUCUGACGAUGAACGGGCAGGAAGCCGGAAAUCUUCUGGACUCUCCGAUGCCCAUGGUGGUAAACCUGGAGGAAGAGGAGGAAAGAAAUCAGGAAACUUGGGAGGAGUUGAUGAUGAUGGUCCCACUCUUCAUGUUGAGCUUAUUAAAGCAAAGAACUUAAUCAAGAGUGAUCUUAUUGGUAAAUCAGAUCCCUAUGCAGUUUUAAAAUAUGGCAAUCAGUCAGACAAGACAAAGGUUGUCAAGAAUAAUCUCAAUCCACAGUGGGAUCAUGCAUCAGACUUUGAUAUGGAUCUAAGCGAUAAUGACAACUUGAUUGUUGAAGUGUUUGAUGCUGAUAAGCUUGGUAAAGAUAAAUCUCUUGGUAAAGUUGAGAUAAAUCCUAGAGAUUUUGAUGGAGAAGAAGCAAAAUGGUUUCCUUUGAAAGGAGUCAAAUCAGGAGAAGUCUUAUUAAAUGCAGAUAUUCUUGCUCCUGGACAAUCUCCUUAUGGGUUAGGUACAGAUGGGCAAAAAAGACCUGUUGGAGGUGCUGACGAUGAAAGAGCAGGAAGCAGGAAACCCUCUGGACUCUCUGAUGUUCAUGGUGAUAAGUCUGGAGGAAGAGAAGGAAAGAAAUCAGGAAAUCUUGGAGGUGUUGGUGAUGAUGGUACUACUCUUCAUGUUGAGCUUAUUAAAGCAAAGAACUUAAUCAAAAGUGAUCUUAUCGGUAAAUCAGAUCCCUAUGCAGUUUUGAAAUAUGGCAAUCAGUCUGAUAGGACUAAAGUUGUCAAAAAUAACCUAAAUCCUGAGUGGAAUCAUGCAUCAGACUUUGAUAUGGAUCUAGGAGAUAAUGGAGGCUUAAUUGUUGAAGUGUUUGAUGCUGAUAAGCUUGGUAAAGAUAAAUCUCUUGGUAAAGUUGAGAUAAAUCCUAGAGAUUUUGAUGGAAAAGAAGCAAAAUGGUUUCCUUUGAAAGGAGUCAAAUCAGGAGAAAUAUUAUUAAAUGCUGAUAUUCUUGCUUCUGGACAAUCUCCUUAUGUGUUAGGUGCUGAUGGACAAAAAAGACCGGUUGGAGGUUCUGAUGAUGAAAGAGCAGGCAGCAGAAAAUCCUCUGGACUCUCUGAUGUCCAUGGUGGUAUUCCUGGAGGAAGAGGAGGAAAGAAAUCAGGAAAUCUGGGAGGUGUUGGUGAUGAUGGUCCUACUCUUCAUGUAGAGCUCAUUAAAGGAAGAAAUCUAAUUAAGAGUGAUCUUAUCGGUAAAUCAGAUCCCUAUGCAGUUUUGAAAUAUGGAGAUCAGUCAGACAAGACAAAGGUUGUCAAGAAUAACCUGAAUCCACAGUGGGAUCAUGAAUCAGACUUUGAUAUGUAUCUAGGAGAUAAUGAAAACAUAAUUGUUGAAGUGUUUGAUGCUGAUAAGCUUGGUAAAGAUAAAUCUCUUGGUAAAGUUGAGAUAAACCCAAGAGAUUUUGAUGGAGUAGAAGCAAAAUGGUUUCCUUUGAAAGGAGUCAAAUCAGGAGAAGUCUUAGUAAAUGCUGAUAUUUUUGCUCCUGGACAAUCUGCUCUUGGAUUAGGUGCUGAUGGAAAGCAAAGACCUAUUAGAGGUGCUGGCGAUGAAACAUUAGGCAGCAGGAAAUCCUCUGGACUCUCUGAUGUUCAUGGUGGCAAGCCUGGAGGAAGAGGAGGAAAGAAAUCAGGAAAUCUGGGAGGUGUUGGUGAUGAUGGUCCCACUCUUCAUGUAGAGCUCAUUAAAGCAAAGAAUUUAAUCAAGAGUGAUUUAAUUGGAAAAUCAGAUCCCUAUGCAGUUUUGAAGUAUGGAGAUCAGUCAGACAAGACAAAGGUUGUCAAGAAUAAUCUUAAUCCACAGUGGGAUCAUGCAUCAGACUUUGAUAUGGAUCUAGGAGAUAAUGAAAACAUAAUCAUUGAAGUGUUUGACGCUGAUAAGCUUGGUAAAGAUAAAUCUCUUGGCGUAGUUGAGAUAAAUCCUAGAGAUUUAGAUGGAGAAGAAGCAAAAUGGUUUCCUUUGAAAGGAGUCAAAUCAGGAGAAAUCUUGUUAAAUGGUGAUAUUCUUGCUCCUGGACAAUCUCUCUAUGGGUUAGGUGCUGAUGGACAACUAAGACCUGUUGGAGGUUCUGACGAUGAAAAAACAGGAAGCAGGAAACCCUCUGGACUCUCUGAUGUCCAUGGUGGUAAGUCUGGAGGAAAAGAAGGAAAGAAAUCAGGAAAUCUGGGACGAGUCGGUGAUGAUGGUCCCACUCUUCAUGUUGAGCUCAUUAAAGCAAAGAACCUUAUUAAAAGCGAUCUCAUUGGGAAAUCAGAUCCUUAUGCAGUUCUGAAAUAUGGAGAUCAGUCAGACCAGACAAUGGUUGUCAAGAAUAAUCUGAAUCCACAGUGGGAUCACACAUCAGAUUUUGAACUAGACCAAGAUAAUGACACCAAGCUUAUUGUUGAGGUGUUUGAUGCAGAUAAACUGGGUAAAGAUAAGUCUCUUGGAAAGGUAACUCUUGACCAAGCAGAUUUGGAUUCUGUUGAGCCAAGAUGGUUUCCCCUACAAGGAGUUAAAUCUGGAGAAAUAUUACUGAGUUCAGAUAUUCUAGCAGUAGGACAGUCUCCAACAAGACUUACUGGUGAUGGAUCACCCAUUAAAGAAGGAGGGAGCCGAAAAUCUUCAGAAAUACCAAGAAAUCAUGGAAGAAAAUCUGGAAAUUUAGGAGGUGUUGAAGAUGAUGGACCUAUUCUUAGGGUUGAUCUUAUCAAAGCAAAAAAUCUAAUCAAGAGUGAUCUGAUUGGAAAAUCUGAUCCCUAUGCAGUUUUGAAGUAUGGAGAUCAGUCAGACAAGACAAAUAUAGUGAAAAACUCUCUGAACCCCCAGUGGGAUCAUUCUUCUAACUUUGAUAUGGAUCUUGGGGAUAACACUGAUCUUAUUGUGGAAGUCUUUGAUGCAGACAAGAUUGGGAAAGAUAAAAGCCUUGGUAAGAUAGAAGUCAAUCCAAUAGAUUUAGAUGGCGAAGAACCCAAAUGGUUUCCAUUGAAGGGUGUCAAAUCUGGUGAGAUUCUUCUAAGUUCUGAUAUUCUUCCAUCUAAAGAUUUACCUUCUAGCUAUAGUUCUGCUGACCAACACAAGCCUGUUAAAGGUGGUAAAGGGGAAGGACCAGCAGAUGCCAGUAAAGUAAAGGUGUCUGGUCCCGGAUUGGAGAAGGGUAAAGUGUUCCCUGGUAAACCAACUAACUUCAUGGUAGAUUCUACAAAGACUGGUCCUGCACCCAUCUCAGUAGAGAUUAAAGAUCUUGAUGGAGAUAUUAUUGGACGGGUACCAAGUAUAACUCCUGUUGGAGAAGGGUUACAUGAUGUGAGCUAUGUCCCUCCACCUGUUGGUGAACCAUAUAAGGUCCAGGUUAAAUAUGGAGGAGAGGAUGUGCCAGGUUCUCCUUUCAAAAUGAACAGCAACCCUGACCUAGAGGAGCUAGAUCGGGCAGAUAUAUCAAGUAAUCCAGCUGCUGCAGGACAAGGAAGCAGAAAAGAAAGCAAGAUUGGAGUCUCUGUCAACCCUGAUGCAUUUAAUCUUGGCAAGAUCCAUGUAACUCUCAUUGAAGCUAGGGAUCUAGUUAAAUCAGAUAUGAUUGGCAAAUCUGACCCUUACGCCAUUAUUUCGCAUGGCAAUCAAAAGUUCAAAACAAAUACAGUCAAAAACAGUCAGAAUCCUCACUGGAACUAUGAUGCAAACUUUAAUGUUCCUGACCAGGGAGAUGACCGAAUUCGAGUGGAUAUUUUUGACUCUGAUAGGAUAGGAAAGGACAAACCUCUUGGCUCUGCAUACUUUGAUAUUGAUGAAGUUAUGUCUAAGGGUAUGCUUCCCCCUGGUUGGUAUCCACUUAAGGGUGCCAAAUCAGGAGAAGUUCUGAUGUCAGCUGACUUUGAACCUCUUCGAAUGACCAGCCCAGACUCUAGAGUUAGUUCUCCCAAAUCACUUCAGGAUAAUGCUGGUUACCCUGCAGGCAAGAUUAAGCCCAAGAAUAAAACUAGUGUGACUGGAAGUUCUGGAUUAAAGGAUGGUAUUUUAAGUGUAGAACUUUUGGCUGCUAAAAACCUAGUGAAGUCAGAUCUGGUGGGAAAAUCAGAUCCCUAUGGAGUUUUGACUCUUGGAGAUCAAACUCUUAAAACAGAUGUUGUAAAAAAUUCUCGUAACCCUGAAUGGAACUUUAGAGGCACGUUCAACAUUGGGGAUGACACACCUGAGUCUCUUACAAUUAAAGUAUUGGACCAAGACAAGUUGGGCAAAGACAAACCUAUUGGCUUUGUGAGUCUUCCGGUAAAGGACCUUAUAAAUGAACAUUAUCCUGAUUCAGAAAUGUGGAUACCCUUAGAUGGAGUCAAAACAGGAGAGGUCCUUGUAGCCACAAAUUUUACACCAUUUGAUGAUGAUAUGUUAGAUGGUAGAAUGAUGGGUGAUGAAAGAAUGUCAGGACAUGGCAAAGGAAGGCAAAGUAUUGCUGAUCAAGGCGAGGAUGAUAAGCUGAAGGGACUUAAAGGGACAAAAGCAAAACUGAGUUCUGGCAGUUUGUUAGGUGAUGAAGAUGGAAGGCCAGGAAGUAGGAAGGGAUCAUCAGCAUUGAGAGGAAAAAAUAGUUCCGGAAAUUUGCUUGGAGAUCACUUUGAGUUGCCACCAGGCAACAUCAAGCUGACCCUUAGCAAGGCUAAAAACCUCAUGAAAUCUGAUCUGAUUGGCAAGUCAGACCCUUAUGCUGUUAUAUCUUGUGGAGAUAAUACUUCUAAAACAAAGACAGUGAAGAAUGAUAUAAACCCUGUUUGGGAUCAUGAGGUAGUCUUUUCUGUGAAUGAAGCCAAUUCUGAUGAUGUAAAAAUCAAGGUCUUUGAUGCUGACAAAUUUGGCAAUGAUAAAUCUCUAGGCACAGUCAAUAUUGAUCUUGCUGAUUUAGCAAAGAAUGGGCCAAUGUUUGAUUUAUGGUUACCUCUAAAGAAUGCAAAGUCUGGGGAGGUUCAGGUCUGUGCAGAAUUUGAACCUGAUUUUGAUUCUAUGGAUUCGGAUGGAAGGGUGAAGAAGCAUUCGGGUGUGAGAUCUAGUUUAAAUGAUCCUGCUCAUGGAAAAAAAUCCAGUGUAGGUUCACAUGGAAUCCAUGACAAGGGGCCUGGAGAAAACUAUGAUGAAAAUGAUCUGGUUCCAGGGGUUCUCCAACUUGAUAUAAUUCAAGCCAAGGAUUUGGUAAAAUCUGACCUUAUUGGGAAAUCUGAUCCUUAUGCUGUCAUCAGCUUUGAUGGAGACAAGCUGAAAACCCAUACUGUAAAGAAUAGCCAAAAUCCUGAAUGGGAUUUUACAGCUAAAAUUCCUAUUGAUGAAUUGGGUCCAAGUAAAAUCAAAAUUGAUAUUCUUGAUGCUGAUAAAUUAGGUAAAGAUAAACAUUUGGGCUCAGCUGAUAUCAAUGUUAAAGAUGUAAUAAAUGGAAACCCCUUGAACAAAGAUUGGAUUCCAUUAGAUGGAGUAAAAUCAGGAAAAGUUCAGGUUUCCACAAACUUUACACCUGAAGGGGACCUUGGUAAGAAGGAUAGAAAACCAAGUAGAGGAGGGGCUAAAGAAACAAGAGAUAGAAUGAAAGGAAAGUCAGGCAGAGGUGAUGGUAGUGAUGAUGAAGGUGACUAUGCUAGUAGUCCAAACUCACGAAAACAGAGUGGUGCUCUGUCUGGCAAUAGAAAGGGAAGCAGGCUUGCAUCUCCGGAUCAGGGAGGUAUUAGUGGACUCAGUGAAGAUGAUGUUCCCUCUGGUAAUCUUCAUUUUAAAAUCACAGAAGCCAAGGAUUUGGUGAAAGCUGACAUUAUAGGAAAAUCAGAUCCGUAUGCUGUUCUCACUUUUGGAGACAAUAAACUGAAAACCAACCCAGUAAAGAACAAUCAGAAUCCUGUUUGGGAGUUUGAAGGAGACUUUCCUGUUGAUAAGGACAGUCCAAGAGUUAUAAAGCUUGAAGUUUUUGACUGUGACAAGAUUGGCAAAGAUAAAUCUUUGGGAAGUACUAAUCUGGAUGUGCUUGAUAUCAUUGAAAACACUCCAAUUGAUAACACAUGGGUUCCUCUUGAUGGUGUUAAAUCAGGAAAGGUCAAGCUAUCUGCUGCAUUCUCUCCUGAAGAUGAAAAUGGUUCUGGUUCGAAACGCCCCUCAGUGGUUAGUUUUUCAGCAAACAAAAAUGGAGAUUCAAAAAGUGGACCCAAAAAAUACAUGGAUGAAACUGAUGCGGCCAGACUAGGAAGUAGAAAAUCAAGUGGACUUCCUGGAGCAAGUGAUGGAUUCCCAGGACCAGGAAAUGUUCAUGUGAAAGUACAGCAGGCUAAAGAUUUAGUCAAGUCAGAUAUGCUUGGGAAAAGUGAUCCUUAUGCAACAGUUACACAUGAUGGAAACAUGGUUAAAUCUAAAGUGGUAAAGAACAGUCAAAAUCCAGAAUGGAACUUUGAUGUUGAUAUUCCAGUAGAUGUUGACAGUCCUGCUGAUUUAAAGAUUGAGAUUUUGGACAGUGAUAGGUUUGGAAAGGACAAAUCAUUGGGGGCAGCAAUAUUGAAUCUCCCUGAUGUGGCAAACAGAGAACCUCUGCAAGAUAUUUGGAUUCCUUUGAGAGGAGCCAAAUCAGGGCAUGUGCAAGUCUCUGCAGAUUAUACUCCUGAAGAUCCUAACUCAUUAAAUUAUCAAGCAACAAAAAGAGGAGGAGGAGCUAUGGGAGCUAAAAACAGACUUGGAAACAAUGAAGAACCUCUAAGUGAUGAUGAUGUGGGCAAAAGUAGAAAAUCAAGUGGUCCAGAUAGUAGGAAACCAAGUGGAUUUGAUAGUAGAAAGCAAAGUGGGUAUGAUAGUCCUAUGCCAAGUGGACUAGGAGACCAAAGGCGACCUGGAGACUAUGAUGAAAUUCCUUCUGGUAAUAUUCAUCUUGAAAUAGUUCAAGCCAAGGAUCUUGUAAAGAAAGACCUGAUUGGUAAAUCAGAUCCAUAUGCAAUUGUUCGCUAUGGAAAUGAUGAAAUUAAGAGUAAUACUGUAAAAAACAAUCAAAACCCUCAAUGGAAUUUUGAGUGUGAUAUACCUGUUGACUCUAAUGGUCCUCAAAACCUGACUAUUGAUCUUUAUGAUGAAGAUUCUCAUGGAAAGGAUAAACCUUUAGGGUCUGCUGAAAUAGAUAUUCCAAACCUUGUGAACAACAGUCCUCUGGAUAACAUGUGGAUUCCUUUGAAUGGAGUAAAAUCUGGAAAAAUCCAGAUAAAUGCUGACUUUAAUCCAGAUGAUAAGUUUGGUCAAUCCCAGCCAUAUGGAUUUGAUGGUAAGCGUCCAAUGGAGAAAAAACCAAGCCAAUUAAGAUUUAGUUCUCCUGACAGAAAAAGUUCUGGAUCUCACAGGAAACCAAGUGGCACUGAUUCAGAUGUCAUACCGGGCAAUUUACAUUUAAACAUUAUUCAAGCAAAGGACUUAGUUAAAGGUGACAUGUUAGGGAAAUCUGACCCCUAUGCAGUUGUAACUUAUGGAAACGAUAAGGUAAAAACAAACACCAUCAAAAACAGUCAGAAUCCAGAAUGGAAUUUCCAAGCCGAUAUUCCACUCCUCCCUAAUGGCCCUGAUGUUCUCAAUAUUGAGAUUUUUGACAGUGACAAAUUUGGAAAAGAUAAAUCUUUAGGAGCAACAAAUAUUGACAUUCCCAGUUUGCAGCAUAGCCAGUCAUUGGCUGAUGUUUGGGUUCCAUUGGACAAUGUCAAAUCAGGACAAAUCCAGCUCUCUGCUGACUUUUCACCCGAUAACAAUUACAACUCUUCUCAUUAUGGCUCAUCACCAAGAUCAGGUUUUGACCCUGGAUCUAGAAAAGACUCAAGAGAUUAUGACAGCUCAUCAUCAAGGAAAGGAUCCUAUGGAGAUUAUUCAAGCCAAUCCUCCAGGAAAGGAUCUUAUGAUCAGAGACAAUCUCAUGGAGGUGCAAAGAAUGUUAAAGACAUUCUCACUGGAAGAAAACCUAGUUCUACUGACAGUGGCUCACUUGGAGAUCCAAGAUACGGAAAAGAACCUGAAGAUAAACUUGGUACAAUCAAACUAGACCUUUUAUGUGCAAAGGACCUAAUGAAGACAGAUAUAAUAGGCAAGUCUGACCCAUAUGCUGUUAUUCAAUAUGGAGAAAAUGAGUACAGGACCCCAGUUACAUACAACACUCAAGAUCCCAAUUUCAAUGUUCAAUAUGACUUAGAUAUUCCCAAUAACCCUAAAGAUAGAAACAUUAUCAUUACUUUGUAUGAUUCAGACAAGUUUGGCAAAGAUGUCUGCAUAGGUAAUAUGAAUAUUGACAUUGGCAAAGUAAUGAAUAUUGGAAAAAUGGAUGAAGAUUGGUAUCCUCUCCAUGGAACAAAAUCUGGUGAACUAAGAGUUGGAGCAAAUUUCAUUCCUGAUGGUCAUGAAGUUAUCAAUAUUCACCAAAGAUACACUGAAGAUCGAAGAACAUCAACACAAUUUCAUGAAAUAAAUUUGAACUGCAUACCUCUUCCAUCUGCUGGGGGUCAAAUUGAUGCUACAAUUAGGCGACCAUCAGGCGCUGUGGACAAACCUAAUAUUGAUGACAACAACAAUGGAACUAUAUCUAUUAAAUACCAGCCUUCAGAAGAUGGGUUACAUUACCUAGAUGUUAAGUACAAUGGAGAUCAGGUUCAGGGAAGUCCUUUCAAGUUCCAUGUUUCCAGACCUGCCAGUGGACAAGCUUUUGCCCAUGGUUCUGGAUUAACCCAUGGUGUUUGUGGAGAACCUGCCAAAUUUGAUAUCAGUACCAAGGGUGCUGGGGCUGGAGGCCUUUCUCUUGCUGUGGAGGGACCAUCUAAGGCUGAAAUAAACUGUCUAGAUAACAAGGAUGGAACUGUGAGUGUCAGCUAUCUUCCUACAGCACCUGGGGAAUACAAAAUAAUUGCAAAGUUUGCUGACAAACACAUUCCUGGAAGUCCCUUCACAUGUAAAGUGACCGGGGAUAACAAGAAAAAAAAUCAGAUCUCAGUUGGUUCCAGUUCAGAGCUUCAACUCCCUGGAGAUCUUUCAGAGUCUGAUAUCAGAUCUCUUAAAGCUUUCAUUGAAAGCCCAUCUGGCGGCCUAGAACAGUGUUUCUUGAAGAAGCUUCCAAAAGGAAACAUUGGAAUAUCCUUUACUCCAAGGGAAGUUGGAGAGCAUCAAGUUUCUGUGCAAAAAAAUGGAAAGCACAUUACAAACUCUCCAUUCAAGAUAGUUGUCAAUGCACAAGAAGUUGGGGAUGCAAGUAGAGUUAGAGUAUCAGGGGAUGGGUUGCAGAAGGGUAUGACUCAUGUUAACAAUAUGUUUCAAAUCAAUACAAAAUCUGCUGGAUAUGGUGGUCUAUCUCUAUCAAUAGAAGGACCUUCUAAAGCAGAGAUUGAAUGCAAUGAUAAUGAGGAUGGUACCCUUGAUGUUGAAUACAAGCCAACAGAGCCUGGUUUCUACAAUAUAAAUAUUAAGUUUGCAGAUUCUCAUAUACCUGGAUCCCCAUAUCAAGUUCCUAUAACUGGAGAGGGAUUGGAGAAGAAAAAGGAGAAUAUGACCCGCAUUAGGGAAGCUGUUCCGGUCACAGAGGUUGGAAGCCAGAGUAGAUUAACCUUCAAGAUGCCAGGUAUACUUUUAAAAGAUUUAGAGGCUGUUGUUGCCUCACCCUCAGGAAAGGUUACCAAUGCCAACAUCACCGAGCUUGAAGAGGGAGUUUUUGCUGUGAAUUUUGUGCCAUAUGAGUUAGGAGUCCAUACUGUGACUGUAAGAUACAGAGAGAUGGACAUUCCUGGUUCUCCUUUCCAGUUUACUGUUGGACCACUUACAGACUCAGGAGCUCACAGGGUCCAUGCAGGUGGUCCUGGUUUGGAGAGAGGGAUAGAGGGUGCCCCAGCAGAGUUUAAUGUAUGGACCAGAGAGGCUGGUCCAGGAUCUCUGGCAAUCAGUGUAGAGGGUCCAUCAAAAGCCCAGAUAGAUUUCAAGGAUAGAAAGGAUGGUUCCUGCUAUGUUUCCUACAUUGUUGAGGAACCAGGAGAGUAUAGUGUUGGAAUUAGGUUUAAUGAUCAACAUAUCCCUAGAUCUCCUUACAGAGUCUUUAUUAUCCCUAGAUCUGAUCAUGCAGACAAGGUGCGUGUCUCUAACUUCGACCAGGAGAAGGUUUCGUUGAACUCUCCGCAAUCUUUCUUGCUCUCUAAGAACGGAGCAGCUGGAAACCUACAGUGCAAGAUGGUUUCACCUUCAGGACGAGAGGACGACUGCUAUAUAUCCCAAGUAGGACAAGACGAGUACUCAGUUAGAUUCGUCCCAAGGGAGGAGGGAACUCACUAUCUGCACGCUAAACUAGAUGGAGUGCACAUUCCAGGCAGUCCCUUCAAGAUUAAGGUUGGUGGAGAUAGACCGUCUGGAGGACGAGUUCAAGUACUUGGACGAGGACUAGAGCAGGUCAAGGUCGGAGAGAGGUCGUCUUUCGUGAUCGAUACAAGCGAGGUCGGAGCAGGGACCCUGUCCGUUACAGUUGAUGGACCUAGUAAGGUUGAUAUGGACUGUGUAGAGGUCGAUAAAGGU